AUGUUGACGUUAUCCUUAAGAAAAAGAAUCAAAUCUAAGCGAAUUCCAACAGCAAAAAUUGAUGAAUUAUUAGAAGAAAUUGGAUUAAUAAGACAUGUAGUACCUAGAGAUGGUAAUAGUUUGUUCAGAUGCAUUUCUCAAUGUGUAUUUUUCACUCAAAGUUGUUACUUGGCUGUUAGACAACAUCUCUUACAGUUCUCUACGUUACAAACUGAAGAAUUUAGUAAAAUGACUGAGAUAUCUGUCAAUAGUUAUGAAAAGAAAAUAACUGAUAGAAAGUUGGAUGGGGAAUUAUUGGAUAUGCAUAUCGCUGCUAAAUUUUACAAAAUUAAUAUUGUGUUUUAUGUAGAUGCACUUCCUUUUGUACCUCUUAUUAUUACAACUCCAGAUGCAGUAAAAACUUUGAAUGUGUGUCUGAAUUAUGAAGGCACAUAUGAUUUAGUACUUGCGAAAGAAGUAGUUGUAAAUAUUUCAUUUUGUCAAACUAUUAUGUAUAAAAUGUUAUAUCAUGAUGUUUUUAAACUAUCUGGCGUAGAUUUUGCUGUGAAAAAGAUGUUAUUUGACAGAUCUUUACAAUCUACUAAAUCAAAUGACCAGGAAAGUUUGGAAAAAAGAGCUACUUGUACAGACAUGAAAGAACUGCUGGAAAAUGGUAUUAUUCCAUUUCCGUUUAAAGUGGCUAAAGCUUUGACACCUAAUUUGUAUAGAAAUACAGAGUAUGACAUUUGGAUGAAUAACAAAAAAGACAAAUUUCUUGGUAGGUGUAAUAAUUGGGAAUUUAAAGAAGGAAGCCAGUGUAUGGUUUUAAUUGGAAGUCAAUGGUGUCAUUGUUAUAUUCAACGUAUUCGUGGAAAAAAUGAACCUGUAGAAGUGUAUGUUAGAGAUUUGGCAAAAAAAAUUGAUGUGGACUUUAAACAGUUAAGGUUAACAAUGGUUGAAUAUGAUGCAAGAGAAACAAUAAAUAGUCAUGUACAAGUUGACCAAGUGUCUUCAUCUACAGAUAUUCAACUUCCUGAACAAUAUCAAAAUCCUAUUCAAUAUAACAGUUCAAGUUUUAUACAAAGACAAGCAAUUCAUGGAGGAGUUUUUCCUGGGCCUUUAUUUUCUCCCCUUAGUUAUAUUCACCAUCCGUAUCAAUAUCUUCAUGCUGUAAUCCCUCCAAAUUUAGUAAACAACGGAAAUCUAAUGUGCCCUUUGUAUUUAUCUGCAACACCUCCACCAAUAUUAUCAAAUGAUUUUUGCCCACCGACAGUUAAUGCAUCACCUGGACUGCCAUCAAUGUCUCAAUGUUGGUACUGUUCUAACAAUCCCACCAGUACACCUUGCAGCUGUGAGGAAUACAACAAUGAUGAAGAAAGUGGUGUGACCAUGGAUUCUAAUCAUGCGUAUCAACCUUGGCUAAUUCCAGAGUUCAAUGAGCCUGCUGAUGAAUUGCAGCAGUAA